CUACCUGAGUGACACAGGGAGGGUUUUUGGAUACACCGUGCGUCUGGAUGUACACACAAGGACGUUUAUAACAAUACCGUAAAUGUGUAUUCGUCGUUAGGAAUAAGCUCGUGAUAUUAUUUAAGAUAUAGACAUAUAGACAUGGCAAGUGUAGGAGUGGCCGUUGGCGCGUCGGUUACAGAAGAGCGGGCGGUUUUCACGCAGCUGAAGCCCGUGCGGAUGUGUGGAGCGGACGGCCCGGAGGACUCCGUGUUUGAGGACGUUAAACCCGCGACACGGAUGGAGAUGGAUAAAUAUUUGCCCCAAACUGGCCUAAUGCUGUCCCCACUUAUGACAGACAAGCCAAAGUACCGUCGAGACAGUGCCUCCGUGGUGGACGAGUAUUUUGCAGAUGAAAAACCUGCUCCGUACAGCCUUAACAUCAACGUCAUCCUGCCCAACACCACACACCUCCGUACAGGCCUUUAUCGUCCGAACAAACCUCCGGUGCAUUCGAUCAAAAUCGAGCCGGGGGUGGACGAACCCUGCAGCAUUCAGACGCUCCCUGACUUCACCUCCGUCUUCAGCGUGCCCCAAACGGUCAACAGCAUGUUCAUCAAACCGGACAUGGGCGUCACAGACGAGCUCCACAUCGGUCCUCAGCAGCCUUCGGUAUACCAGAUGCCCGUCAGCAGUAGUGACCUAGCCACGAUGACCUUCUCUCAGAGCCAAGCUAUAAAUGGAGUUGGCUCGUCUGGCAGAACCAUGCUCAACCUGAACACUGUGGCAAUAACGACACAAUCCGGCGAAUUCGCCAUGCCCGAACCGUACUACACUUCACCACAACCGCACAGUUUGCCUCCUUCGCCACCCAACUCCCAACCCGGCAGUCCGGAGAACCAGGCAGAGCUCAUUACAUCCAUCCCCCCUCCGCCAUACCAGGCUAGGAUGGGUAUGAAGAUUGGACAGAUGACCCCUCACUCCAUGCUAAUGGCCCAUGGUCAGGGCGUCCUCACGGGGCCUAGAUACAACCGACGAAACAACCCUGAGCUGGAGAAGAGGAGAAUUCAUCACUGUGACUUCCCAGGAUGCACCAAAGUUUACACAAAGAGCUCCCAUUUGAAAGCACACCAGAGGACUCACACAGGUGAGAAGCCAUACCGGUGCAGUUGGGAGGGAUGUGACUGGCGCUUCGCCCGAUCGGAUGAAUUGACGCGGCAUUACCGCAAACACACGGGUGCGAAACCGUUCAAAUGCAUCGCCUGCAGUCGCUGCUUCUCCCGUUCGGACCACCUGGCGCUGCACAUGAAGCGCCAUCAAAACUAAAGGACUUUAUAUUUGUACUUUUCACAUAAAUAUUUCAAUCAUUCUUAACGGCGAUCAAAAAAUAGUAUACAAUAUACUACAAGUACAAGCUCUGCCAAUUACACACAGGACUCGAUGCGUAUAGAUCACCAUAAAGAGCGUAAAAAGGAUGUAUAGUGUACAUAUGUUUUGUAUGUGUUUAUUGUGAAAUGUUAUGAAUUUAAUACUUGACCUCCAUCAUGUUUGCCUAAAUUUGAAAGUGCAUUUGUUCCACUGGGACCGUAAAUGUCUUCCUAAUAACUUGAAUGAAUCAGUCCAAAUUAAUUUUAGAUUAUAUUAACAUUAAAAUCUAGUGUAAUAUAGUUAAGACGUAAUAUGUGACCUUGAACCACAAAACCUGUCAUAGGAGUCAAUAACAAAAAGUCUAUUAAUGUAUGGUUUGUUAAGAAUCUGGACAAAAUCUGGAAUCUGGGUGCAAAAAAUCCAAAUAUUAUUAAAAUUGCAUUUGAAGUUGGUAAAAUUACAUCACAAAAAUAAAAGUUUUUAAAUAUUUACAGUUUGCAAAUUUAUUAAAUAUCAACAUGGAUCAUGAUCUCUACUUAAUAUCCUAAUAAUUGUUGGUAUAUACGAAAAAUACAAUGUACACUGUAAGCCCAUACAGGUUGAUUGAACUUAUAAAAAUUUAUGGAAACUCGUUGCCCUAAAAAAAGUUAAUUUUGCCUGGUUGAAAUAACAAAAAAUGUUAAGUUUAAUGUACUUAAUGUUUUAAUUUCUUCCAAUAUUACUGCACUCUUAACCCGGAUUAGUUGACAUUACUAGAAAUUUGUGAGGAAACCCGUUGCAUAUAACUAUAGUUUUUAUCACUUUAUAUUACUUUUGAUGUAAUAAAUGGUAUUAUAACACAAAAUGAAUGACUGACUUUAAGUCAAUCAUUGAAUAAACGUGAUUCUCCACAGAAACACAAACAAAACUUUGUCAGUACUGUGGAGAGAAAUACAAUAAAAUGUUCUGAACAGGGUUCAUGUACGGAAACACUGAUCACCUGAACGGUGACUUCACAAAAUUAUAGUUUACAACAAAACAACAUCAAUAAAAUAAGAGCUUGAACCUAUAUGACAUUUUAUUAACAACACUUAAAAAAAAUCAGUAGAAAUUACAAUGGUAUUGCAGCUGGGUUGCCGGUAAAUUACCGUAGAUUUAAAUUUAUGUUAUUUACUGGCAAGAGUUUGUUCAAAGUUGAAUAAAUUUUAAAUAUUAACAAGUCUUUAUCUUUACAGAAUAAAACUAUACAAUAACAGCCUCAUUCAAAGCAUUCUGGGAACCAGAAAUCAUCAUCAACCUUUUUCUGUUUUUUGCUUCAGAUUUUGUUUCGCUUGAUGCUGUUUUUCUAGUUUUAUUCUGUAAAGACAAAGAGUUGUAAAUGUUUAAAGUUCAUUUAACUUUGAACAAAAUGUUGCCAGUAAUAACAAAAAUUUAAAUCUACGGUAAGUUACCGGCAACCCAGCUGCAAAUUUCUAUGGAAUUUUUUUACAGUGAAAUAUUUGAGUAGUGAAAGUUCUUAUUCUGUGAUAAAGCAGAAAAUCAAAAUAUUCAGGCGCAAAGGAUUAUGGGUAUUCCUUACAACAUGAACUAAUAAUUUUAAUUUCAUUUUACUUGAAUGUUUUAGUUUAAUGGAUUUUGUAAGCUUAAAACUUAAAUCAACUAAACUUUUUAAGCUUUGGCUUCAAAACAGAAAAUAUUAAGUGAUGUUUACUUGAUUGUUUGAGUAAAGACAAUUUCUGGGUUAACAAUGUAUUGCUAAUAUACCCGUGCUACUUAAGACUUGCGUUUUGUGGUCCAAGGUUACAUAUUUGUAUGGAAAUCCCCCACCCCUAUUGAAAAUCUUAAGAUGUUUGCUUUUGGAUACGAUACUGCCAUACAAAACUGAGUAACCCUGAUGUUUGCUUUUCUCACAGUUUUGUGUCUAUGGUUACAGAUCUUUAUAGGAUUGUGUAAAAAGCACGGCUCUAUAUAUAAUUCACUGCUUUAUAGCUUUUCUGCUCUUUGCAUGUCUGACAAUAUGGAUGAUGGGUGUGCAUUACUAAGACAGUUUGAGUAUGAAAAAUUUGACAACAAAUGCAUUUGACGUAGUUAUUUCAACAACGGCAGAUUGUUUAUUGAGAAACAACAUGAAUAUAGAACAUGCAACAUUUUUGUAUCAAGAUUCACCCUUUAUAAAAAAAUCCCACUUUACAAGGUCACAGAAGGAAGUACAGAAGACUUUAAAACCUCACAUUUGUCCCCUCAAGAACAAACCUAUUCUGUGUAUUGAAUGCGAUGAGAGCAUCCAGUAUGCUGGAGCGACCACACUGCUUUUAAGAGUUCUCAAGUUUCCUUCAUCUUUGUAUGUCACAGUUAUGAAGGAAACGCUGGUGAUGUAUAUACAUGUAAAUACUUUGAAGCUGAUUUUGAUUUUUAUUAUGAACAAAUGGGAUUUUGUUAAGCUCGUCUUGAAUGUGGGUGAAUUAUGUUUGUAGAUCUGGCAUACUAAGUGAUGAUCGGUUUAACAUUUUUGUAUUUUCUUGUUCGAGUACAGAAUUUUGAAAAUAAAAGAACAAUCACAUUG